AUUUUUAGAAAGCCUUUUUAUUUUAUUUUUAUUUUGAAAUAGGUUUACAAUUACAGAGAAGUUGCAAAAGUAAUACAGUUCUCUCCAGCUUUAAAGUGAACGCCUUACAUAACGAUAGUACAAUUAUAAAAGGUUUUUCUAUGUGAGUGGAGAAGACAGUUACUGCAAGUAGAAGUGACACAGCAUUUUUUAAGGAUGUCUGAAGAUGAAGAAAAAGUGAAAUUACGCCGUCUUGAACCAGCUAUACAGAAAUUCAUUAAGAUAGUAAUCCCAACAGACCUGGAGAGGCUAAGAAAGCACCAAAUAAAUAUUGAGAAGUAUCAAAGGUGCAGAAUCUGGGAUAAGUUGCAUGAAGAGCAUAUCAAUGCGGGACGUACAGUUCAGAGAGCAUGCACUAACAAUGGGGAGGGGCAGAGUAAAGAGGAGAGAAUGCAAACCUCCACUGAGUACGGAGUCCUGUAUGGAUCCCAAGACCUGGAUCAUGACCUAGCCGAAAUCAAGAGUCAGAUGUUUAACCAACUGAGCCACCUGCAACUCCGUUCCAAUAUCCGAGAAAUGGAGAAACUUUGUUUGAAAGUCCGAAAGGAUGACCUGGUACUUCUGAAGAGAAUGAUAGAUCCUGUUAAAGAAGAAGCAUCAGCAGCAACAGCAGAAUUUCUUCAACUCCAUCUGGAAUCUGUAGAAGAACUUAAGAAACAGUUUCAUGAUGAAGAAACUUUAUUACAGCCUUCUUUGACCAGAUCCAUGACUGUUGGUGGAACAUUUCACACUGCUGAGGCUGAAGCUGAUCCUCAGAAUAUGACUCAGGUAUAUGCGUUGCCUGAAAUUCCUCAAGACGAAAAUGCUGCAGAAUCAUGGGAAACCUUAGAAGCGGACUUAAUUGAACUUAGCCAACUGGUCACUGAUUUCUCUCUCCUAGUGAAUUCUCAGCAGGAGAAGAUUGACAGCAUUGAAGACCAUGUCAACAGAGCUGCUGUGAAUGUUGAAGAGGGAACCAAAAACUUGGGGAAGGCUGCAAAAUACAAGCUGGCAGCUCUGCCUGUGGCAGGUGCACUCAUCGGAGGAGUGGUAGGGGGUCCGAUUGGCCUCCUCGCAGGCUUCAAAGUGGCAGGAAUUGCAGCUGCACUUGGUGGUGGGGUGUUGGGCUUCACAGGUGGAAAAUUGAUACAAAGAAAGAAACAGAAAAUGAUGGAGAAGCUCACUUCCAGCUGUCCAGAUCUUCCCAGCCAAACUGACAAAAAAUGCAGUUAAAAACCAAACUUCAGCAUUAUUGGCGCCAAUGUGUCUAUCCUAAUGAGGACCUUUGCUGCUGUUGGACACUCAGUCAGCUUUUGGAACAUGAUUAUGUCAAGAUAGUGGCUAUAGAUGCUCAAAUGGGAUUGAACUGUGAUAAGCAGAUAUAUUUUGUUGUUUGCUGGAGUGUUAGAGAGAUGUUAGAGAUCGAGGAGCCUGGGCUGAGGGUGUGUAAUGUCAGGUAAAGUUUAAAGACUGCCAAGGACCAGAUUUUCUGCCUAGAAAUGUGAAAAAUGAAUUUUUAACUUUGAUAAGGACUCGAGAUGUGUGGACAUGAUGGUUUAUGGAAGGCUGGUGUAUUCCAUAACCCUACUUGGAGACCCUAAGACUAAGUAUAUUGAAAAUAUGCUUAUUGAUCUCUUAUAUAUAGGAGGUUAUUUAGGCCUGUUAACAAAGAAAAGAAUGGGGAGUUCAAGAGCCUUUCUUAUCAAAUAAGGAAAUCAGGAUCUAGUCAGGGGCACAGGUGAACCACAUAAUGGAGUCCAUUUGGUGAACCCUUUUAUAGUUUGGUCCACCUGUAUUUUCUGGUGAAGGACACUAAUAGUAAAAGAAAAUGGAAAGAGAGGUGCAGCUUCUCUUUGAGAUACCUUAAUUUGUGACACUGGCUUCUUUGAACUCUUCCUUCUAUCUUUUUAAAUAAAGAACACAGAAUCUCAAGUGAUAGGAGACUAUUAAGCCAGUCACUAAGCUUGGUCUGUCAGCCUGCCUCUUAACAACUCAAAAAUCUAGUGCCCUCUGCCUUCCCUCCCUUGUAAUUCUGCAAAGUUCUUUGACUUGUGGGGUGAAUUCUACCCAUGUGUAAUGAGGACUUUUCUCCUAAUCUGCUUUCUUGUAUUGUCUCCCAUAUCCAUUCAUCCUUUCCUAUAACCUCUAGGUAAAAGAAAGAAAGGAAAUCUCAAAUAUUUCCAACAUUGUUAGAGUUUGAGGUAAAAAAUAAGCAGGUAGCAGGGGGUACCAGAUCAUUUCUUGGGGCAUCUUACAAUUUUAAGAGACUGAUGUACCAGCCAUGCGGGGAAUCUCUGACCCUGUGUCUUUUCAGCUGGCCUUUUGGGGAGCUAAGAACUAGCUUUCUACCUCACUUCUGUUAACCACCAUCCUUUUCCCCAGGCUUUGCUGUCUCCUAUGCUUUACUUUUCCCAGCUGUUGUCUCUUCCUGGGAGUGGCGUUCCUGCUCACCUUUCCUCAUAUUCAAGAUGAUAGACAAAGCCUGGUGCCAAGAGUGAUCCUGAUGAAGGAUUUGUGGUGCUAAUUCCAAUACUUGACAUUGACAGCAAACAUGGCCCCGCCCAACCCAAAUAACAAAAAGGUUUUAAUUUUGUGAAAAAAUAAUUGAAAAUCACAGGUAGCCUCAUCCUGUACCCCCAGUUCAUUUGAAAUAGGAAGGAGCCACCUUUUGCCUUAAUCUUUACUGUUUUCUGAGAGUAGAGGAAUGGUCACCUGUACCACAAAAUGUGUGAGCUCAGGAGCCAAACAGAUUCCUCAGGUGGUUGAAUGCUUAUCAUUUCUCUCUUGUUGAGUUAUUCUUAAUAAUUUUUAUUGUUUGCUUGAUACUUUUCUUUGUCUAAUAUAGCCAGACUUACACUUUUUUUUUUUACUUUUACCAAUGAAUUCUAAUGAAGAGAAAGCAUCAUUUCUUACUGGCAUUAAAUAACUGGAAAAUAUCAAGUAUUGCUAUCUGAGAAUUGUAUCUUCAGUAUAGUACCAAGAAGGAAGUGCCUUGAAUAAGUGUCCAGUUCUGAUACGGUAUUUGAUACUGGAUACCUGUAAGGCUAGGAUAAUUACUUUGGAACUACACUUUUUAAAAUAUUUUCUGAUCUUUGCUGUCCCUUUAACACAGGGUAUUCAAACCAGAAUGGGGAUCAGAUUCAUCCAGGGUGCUUUUUUAAAACAAGAUUGCUAAACUUCAGUCCCAUAGAGUAACUCCAACGAUGGCCAGUCUGGCCUGGUCAGCUAAAACAAAGAAUUUAAGAUACAGUUUCAUCAAGAUUCAGCUGUAAUUAUUGAAUUCUGUAGUUUCUGAGUAUUCUUCCCUUCAACAUGGCCCAGUCUUCCUUGCUCCAUAUCAUUCCCUCUCUGCCAACCCACAAUUGGCUAUGCUUUUUAGCCCACCAUCCUUUUUUUUUUUUUAAAGGUUGAUUUAUUUAUUUUAGAGACAGCUUGAGAGGGAGGGGCAGAGCAAGAGGGAGAGAAUCUUAAGCAGACUCCAGACUGAGCGCAUGGAACUUGAUGCGGGGCUUGAUCUCACAACCCUGAGAUCAUGACCCGAGCUAAAACCAAGAGUUGGUUCCUUAACUGACUGUGCCACCCAGGUGCCCCUACCUUUAGCCCACCAUCUUAAUGGCCCUAGGGACUUAUUAUCCUGUCAGGCUAGUUUUACACUGGGAACUGGAGGAGAGAGGAGGCCUGUAACUGAAGUUUAUAUUUUGUUUGAGGAUCUCUCAUUUUUCAUCAGCCAGUUUGGGACACCACUCUAUGUGCUCAAAUAGGCCUUUUCAUUUUUAUUACUCAUCAGGAUUGGAAUAUUACCCUACCAGCCUUCAUGCUCAGGUAAAUUUUAGUUGUUUUAAAAAGUCUUAUAAUUUAAAACCAUUUAGAAAUUCUGUCUAAUUUCCCUGUAAUAGAAUCUAAAAGCUAACCUUUGGUAGAACUUUCUAGAAGUGUUUAAUCAACUAUAAUAAACUAUCAAGUGUUUAGAGGUAUGAACUAAUUAAUAUGACACAGAAACCAAUCUUAAACUGAAUUUAAUGCCCUAGGGUAUCCGAUUAAAUUCAUCUUCUCUGUGA